AGCUUUUCAGGAUAAUUUUUCCUACACUCUACCUUACUACAUCUAUUACAAACUAACCUUGCAUCUUGAUAAGAAGCUCUAUCAGUAGAGUAGGAUAUCAGUGUGCCACAGUGAUAGUAAAUUCUAUCAAGCCUAUAAUUGGAUUAACAUAUGUGACCAUAGACUAUCUAUGAUAUGUGACUGUGAGUCGAGUCUAGCCGCCUAUAUAAGUUACAGUGCAGCCUCACCUUAGACCACAAUUGAACAAAGGACUCUCCUGUGAUAGUGAAAAGAUGUCUUCAACUGAGUCUCCAGCACAAAAAGCUAUUAAGGAAAACCUAGGAAUAUUAAAUAGGGUCCUCAAUAGUGAAGCUGUGUUUCGUCAAGUGGCACAGAAAUGUGUUGAAAGGAGACUAAUAACAGUAGAUGAAUUAACUCAAUUGAAUGACAGAUUCUCAGGUCAAGCACUACAAGCAAGAGUAGAAGCAUUUGUACUGAGGGUGGCUGUGCUUCUUGGUGAUCUACCAGAAAAUAUUGAUGGAUUCUUGAGUAUUAUUAAAGAGAUUGACACUCUCAUUGCUGAGAAAGCAGCCAACACUAUUUCUCAAAGCUAUGCUAAGUAUGGAUAUAACUUGCCCAAAUAUGAAUCUCCUGGUGGUUCAGUUCCUGCUGUUGUUUCUGACUCAGCAGUUGGUCCAUCUCCCAUUGCUAAUAGUACUAAUGCAGGAAGUGCUCAAUCUUCAUCCCCUCAACAAGAAAAAGAGGAAGUGACAUCUGAUGCAUGGGUAGUUCAAGAAGACUUAACGGCUGAAGAAAUAAAGAAAAAAGUUGGUGGAAUUGCUGCUGGGUCAGUAACCAAGAAACAUGAUAGUUUCAUAUGUUGCAUUCUUUCUCAUGGUAAUCCAAAGGGGAUUGAAGGAGUCGAUGGUGAAACUGUUACUGUGCCUGAAUUGGCUAAAAGUGUAAUUUCUAAGGAAUGUUCAGCACUUCGUGGAAAGCCCAAAAUAUUUUUCUUUCAAGCUUGUCGAGGGACUAAAGUACCAGAGCCUAUAGCUGCUGAUUCGUCUGUGCCAUUGCCUCCAAAUAAAGAAGAAAAGAUGGUUGCUGAUGGUUUUCGAGCAUUACCACCAGAGGCCGACUUCUUGAUUGGUUUUAGCACUUCUGAUGGUAACGUUGCUACAAGAGGUGUCGAAACUGGUUCACAAUAUAUAAAAGCAUUGUGUAAAUUUCUUGAUCCCAAAUAUUCUUCCAGGUUUAGUCUUGAUGAACUCUUACUUCUCGUAAAUUACGAAGUAUCAGGGAAUCCAAUUGAUUAUGAAAUGUCGUACAAGUAUCAUCAAAUGCCCGAAAUCAGAAGCACUUUGAGAGGAAAAUUUUACUUUAAAAAGUAGCUUGAGUGUUUUAUUUCUAAGUAUUAUUGCAACUGAAUUAAGUGUGUAUUUUUCAUCAUACUUUUGUAAUGCUACUCUUAGAUAGUUUUGAUAUUUUAA